AGCACUAUGACGCUCACCAGUGCAUACAAAGAGGAUGUGUCAACGGCCGACAAGAUCAAGGCUCUCAAGGAGCGGCUUCUUGACCGAACUCAGCCGUUGGCCAAGAGAAUGAGAGUGGUUUGCUCUCUGAGAGGUGUGCCAGGAACAGACACCGUGGAUGCGCUCGCAGCAUGCCUGACCGACGAGUCGGCUCUUCUCAGGCACGAAGUAGCGUAUGCUCUUGGACAGAAAGAAGAGAUUUCUGCCGUUCCAGUCUUGACUGCACUGUUGAAGAAUGAUCAGGACUCUAUGGUUCGACAUGAAGCUGCUGAAGCGCUAGGAGCGAUUGGAGUUCCUGAAGCUCUCAAAGUCUUGGAAGAGUUCGAGUCUUGCGAUGUUGAGGAGGUCCGACACACCUGCCAGUUGGCUCUCGAUAGAAUCCGAUGGGCAAACAAGAAGCAUGGGGGAGACACGAGCAAGGCAAACGAAUCUCUCCAGCAGAAGAAGUUUGCGUCGAUCGAUCCAGCUCCGCCAGCUGAUGCCUCUUUGACGACGGCGGAGCUUGUUGACAAGCUUAUGGACUCCAGCCUUCCCUUGUUUGAGAGGUAUGGUUUCCUUUUCGCUCUUCGCGAUAGAGGAACGGAAGAAGCUGCGCUUGGGCUGGCCAAGGUCCUCCUGGAGGACAAGUCAAGCGCUGUCCUCCGCCAUGAGAUCGCGUUUGUGCUCGGUCAGAUCCAGAACAAAGCUGCUCUUUCUGCUCUCGAGACAUCUUUGCGCAACGUGGAAGAGAAUCAGAUGGUCAGGCACGAGGCAGCUGAGGCGAUCGGGGCGAUCGCUGAGGAAGCAGCCAAUCCCUUGCUGGAGGAGUUUGCGAAAGACAAGAACCAGGUCGUUGCGGAGUCUUGCAUCAUCGCCCUCGACAUCUCCGACUACUGGAACGACGACUCCCAGUUCCAGUACGCAGUCGUCGAAGUGGAAUGACGAAAGAAAUGCCACGUCAUCGAUCUUCUCCUCAUAUGUACAUAGAUCAUUGCCAACCCUUUCAGUUCGGAUCGUCAACCAAUCACCCCCUGAUCUUUGUUGUGUCCCUUUGAGAUGACUUCUCAUUCUCAUCAAUAAUUUUGUUCCUUUCGCUGCGAAGUACGAUUGUAACAAAAUGUAUGGCUGAAC